AGACUCUCUUUUUGGUCUUCCCAAGCGACAAUCUUCAUCGGUCGCGGAACAGCAACAACGCGGAGAUAACGAAUUGUCGCUCGCAUGGUAUAAACCCUAUAAGACUGUACUGUCCCGACUGCCGUAAUCCGUAGUCGGAGUGUGAACUUCAAACCGAAUGCAUCAGAAUUCGGGUCCUGCUAGUGGUAAUCUCUAUUUGUCCAACGUUUCGGCACUGUUGGACGACGCCUUCUUCAAGAAAAAAAAAGAGAUAAAUAAAUCAAUUUGAUCCUAUUAGCCAGAAAAGCCGUUAAGCCCUAGAGCAUUGAUUAAAGUCGAAUCUUAGAUCAAGUUUAGACUAUUUUUGAUUGAUGAAUUCUGUAGUUGGAGGAUGAGUCGACCGUUGAACAUCCUUAUCACGUUGCAGUUUGCCUGGUUCGGGCUGGCCUCUGAGAUAUAUGAGGGCCUCAUAUGUACCUUGCCGGAUGGAGAAACUAAUGGAACGUGUCGUCAAGAGACGAGUUGUCUCUAUUUGAAGACCGUUCUACAGAAAGACUGGAAGACGUGCUCGCUCGAUGCAAGUUCUAGGAUUUUCUGCUGUCCGGAGAAGCAACCAAUCGUCCUUCAAGAUGGGCAAGUUCGCUCCAAAUACAAAAGUGAUGAAAUGUGUGCAAGUUUUGCGGAAAUGCCUGGAACCGCAAAUCACAUUUUAAGUGGGAUAGAAGCCGAAAUUGAGGAUUUUCCUUAUCUGGGUGCCCUAGCAUUAGUGGAUGACAGCGAUGCAACGAAUGGAGCAAAGUACGGUUGCGGAGCAAGUCUUAUUUCGGAUCGAUUCGUUCUGACGGCCGCAAGUUGCGUUAUCGACAAAAGAGUUGAUCACGUUCGGUUUGGAACGCUGACCCUCGAGGAUGUUGUUGGCGAAGGACCAGUAAUUAUUGGCAUCCAGAGUAUCAUCAUCUAUCCUCUUUACUACGGGCGCCGUACCGCUAGAAAUGAUAUAGCUUUGAUCGAGUUGAAUCGCGCGGUAGUUGAAGACUUCUUGAUACCAGCAUGUUUAUAUACGGAACCUGACGACCCCUUGCCGAGUGUACCGUUGACAAUUGCUGGAUGGGGAAGUACCGAUUCUAAUGAUGCGGAAAUGUCCCCCGUCUUACUGAAGGCUCAGGUGUCGAUCUACGAGCGAGAUAAAUGCAACUCUGUGCUGAAAAGAGACUCGAAUCGGUUCAGAAAAGCUGGACUAUACAGCGGACAGCUGUGUGUCCUUGGUAAAAGUGACGGUGGCCUUAAGAACGCACCAUGCGUCGGCGAUGCUGGAGGGCCGUUAGAAUUAUCCGUUGGACGUAGGAAGUAUAUUGUGGGUAUUACGUCCUCUGGUAAGGUAUGCGGUACGAUGUUUCCCAGUAUAUAUACCCGUGUAUCACAGUACAUCGGAUGGAUUGAGUCCAUUGUUUGGCCUUAAUAAAGAUAGUGAGCACUUAUUUUAAUACCAUCUUUUAUUAUAAAUCUGUGGUGAUAUCGCAGUAGCCUGUGCGUGUGUUGCGUAUGUGGACGUUUUGAACUGCCAGUAUUUUCGC